GGAGGCCGCUUGUGCUGUUUCGGCCGGGCGAGAGUUGCCAGUUGAGCGGGGCGGCGGCGGCGGCGGCGGCGGCGUCUCCUGGCGGCGGGCAGGGAAGAUCAUGCCAGGCGGCUUCUACCAUGACUGACCCUGAAAGAAGCCCGUUCGAUUCUGCGGAAGACGAGAUAAACUACUGGAAGGAGGUUUCCAGCAAAUACAAGCAGUGUGUGGAGAGCGCCCAGGAGGAGCUGCGUGAGUUCCAAGAAGGCAGCCGCGAGUACGAAGCCGAGCUGGAGAUGCAACUGCAGCAGCUGGAGACUCGAAACCGGGACCUGCUCUCGGAGAACGCCCGGCUGCAGAUGGAGGUGGAGACGGUCAAGGAGAAGAUUGCCAGCCACCACGCCGAUGGGCACCGGCAGAUCUCGGCCCUGGAGGAAGAGCUGGGCCAGGUGAGGGCCACCCGGGACCAGCUGCAGAAGUAUAUCCGGGAACUGGAGCAGUGCAACGACGACCUGGAGAGGGCCAAGAGAGCCACCAUUAUGUCCCUGGAAGAUUUUGAGCAGCGUCUGAACCAGGCCAUCGAACGCAACGCCUUCCUAGAGAGCGAGCUGGAUGAGAAGGAGAGCCUUCUGGAGUCCGUGCAGCGGCUGAAGGACGAAGCCAGAGAUUUGCGCCAAGAGCUGGCCGUGCAGCAGAAGCAGGAGAAGCCGAAGGCCUCGGUGGAGGGCUCCCUGCAAGACAGACGGACGGACGCAGCCAUGCAAGCCUCCUCCUCCAGGCCAUCGACCCCUGUGGUCCCCCAAGUGCCGAGCAAUGGAUUUACUACCCCCGGAGCCUUCAGGAGAGGUUUUGAGACUGGAUCUGGGGCAACCCCGCUUACGCCAGCUGCACGGAUAUCAGCACUGAACAUCGUGGGGGACCUCCUGCGGAAAGUCGGGGCGCUGGAAUCGAAGCUGGCCUCCUGCCGAAACUUUGUCUACGACCAGACCCCUUACCGAAGCCCAGCGCCCCCUCCUCCCUACUUGGGCAGAGAUGCGUUCGAGAGGCGGCUGAGCAGCCCCCAUGUGCCCCAGGGGCUGGCCAAGAGACUGGAUUUAGGCACUCGGCCACCCAACCUUGCUGGGCCGGCAGGCCUUCCAGCCCAGAUGCUCUUCUGAGGGACCUUGGGAGCAGCUCGCUUCUCGGGCAGCUGGUAAUGGCUGUUCACCUGCAACGGGGGAGAGCAGCGAGAGGAAAGCUGGCUAUGUCCAGAGGAAGAGGGAGCCUGUCUUGGGACCCAGCAUGCUGAAGGGCCACAUCAAGGACCUUGCAAGGGAGCCGGAGAUGAGUUUUCCUUGCCCAGCCGGGAGGCUCUGCUUUCCUCGCCAGGGAUAGUAGAGCCCCUUGAUCUUGGACUCCUGCCCUGGCUUCCUUCCUGCCCCCAGUUGGGCCCCCAAAGGUCCUUGCCCUUGAAUGGGGCACUUCUGGAGAAGCCUUCAGGGUUCUUAACACCAGCAUUUCUGGACACCGCAAGUGUAUCUUUUGGGCCUCUUAAGCUGUGGCUGCCCUGGCCAAGGAGGAGCCUUUUCCCAAAGCGCCUGCUGAACCACUUGAAAUGCCUCCCGAUGGGACUUCCUCUGAUGCUGCCUAGGGGUCAUUUGCUGGGAAAAGGGGGUUGGGUCUCAGGAAGCUCAGCAACACCAGCUUUGCGUUGUCAGAUGCUUUCUCCGCUGCUGGGAGCGCAGAGAGUUAAGGGGGCCCGGCAUAGAAAUCUUCUAAAUUAAAAAAAGCACAAGCUGGUAUACUCCAGAGGUUUAGGACAAAAACUCCCCUCAUCCUCAGCCAACAAGGCCUUCGGGCGAUGGUUGUUGUAGUCCGACCCAUCUGGAGAACCGGAAGUCUACCAUUAAAAGGUUCUGCCCUGGUGCCUUGAUCCUGUCCCCUUCCCUGUUUAAAGUGGAGCCUUUUAAUCCCUGCGGUUUAUAAAAAGUUUGUUGGGGGAGAAUUAGUGUGGAGGCUCCUAUUCCAACUUGCUCUCUGGAGCGGGGGGGGGGGGGGGAGCACUGGGAAGGGGGCCUAGU